AUGGGGAAGGGUUUUCAUUCUAAAUCAGAAAGAAAUAAUCAACAACAAAAAAAUAAAUUACCUUCUUAUUAUGCUUCACCAGCUAAAACAACAUUUAGUGUUAAAGAACCUUCAGCACCUCAACAUUCACCAUUACCUACAAAUAUACCUCCAAUAACUCCACCAAUUGGGCAUAUCGACCAUUCGAUUAAUUAUAAUAAUGCUGCAUUAUUUGCUGUUUCUGGGGCUAUAAAUUAUGGAGGGGGAGGAGGUUCUAGAAGUUGUUCAGAUAUUUCAAUUGCAAAAUGUGGAAAUUAUUCAACACAAGACUUGACAAUUAGGUGA